CAUGAAACCUCCUCCUCCUCCUCUUAACAGUCAGUAUACUUCCAUCGCAGUGGAGAACCGCCGUUUGAUAUUCGGCCCGCCUUCGCCGUGACAGUCCAUGUCAGAUUGCCUCGCACACUUGGCGCCUCCUCACACACGCUUUUCUUAAAACCAACCAAGAUGCUAUGUGACCACUUGCCCUUUCCUAGUUGGUAAUACAUUGAAACGCAGCAGCUAGAAUCUCUUUCCAUUAGUCAUAUUACUUGGUAUCAUGUUACGCCUCUUUCAGUCAUGAUUUGGCAGCAUUGGAAUCGAUUUCUAGAGCAGCUAUACCAAUCCAUGCAUUAUUGAAGUGUAUGAUAUAUCACUAUGAUUUUCAAAUCCAAGAUAAAAUGGGUAGCGAUUGGAGGCCUCGCUCUAUCUUUCGUGUCACUGCUUGUACAUAUGUUUCUUGCAAAUACCAGUGCAGAGCUAGUACAGUACAAUGUGAUGACAGGUUUCGUUGAGGAUUUAAAUAUAAAUGCUGCCGGAAAACAGGGUGUUGCAUCUAGAAAGUUGUGGAAGAAGGUCAAGUCUUUAGAAGCUUUGCAGCCGUAUGCAAACCCCAGAAAUAAAUAUCCUGUUCCACAAAACCAAAAUAAUGGUUUCAUACAUGCCAAGAUAUUUGGUGGAUUCGAGAAGAUCAGGUCAUCGAUUUGUGAUCUUGUUACCAUAUCCAGGCUUCUCAAUGCUACUCUGGUCAUCCCGGAGAUUCAAGAAAGUACAAAUUCCAAAGGCAUCGGCUCAGAGUUCAAAAGCUUCUCAUAUCUUUACAAUGUAGACCACUUCAUAACUUCUCUUAGAAGUGAUGUAAUCAUUGUAAAAGACCUUCCACCAGUACUGAAAGCAGCAAGGAAACGUAAAGCAUGCCCGAUUUUUAAACCCCAGAACUCAGCUUCUCUUGAUUAUUACAUUAAAAAGGUCUUGCCAAAAUUAAAGCAGGGGAAACUUAUCGGGCUGGUGCUUGUGAAUGGAGGCUGUCUGCAGCCUAUCCUCCCGUCUAAGUGGAGCGAAUAUCAGAGGCUCAGAUGUAGAGUAGCGUUUCACGCGCUCCAUUUUCGUCCAGAUGUUUUAGCACUGGCACAUCAAAUGCUGAAAAGGUUACGAGCUUCAGGGCAGCCUUAUCUUGCUUAUCAUCCUGGUCUUGUAAGAGAUGCUCUAGCUUAUCAGGGCUGUGCCGACCUUUUCCAGGAUGUCCACUCUCAACUUAUUCAACAUCGACGGGCACAAAUGAUCAAACAGAAGCUUGUUCAUGAUGAACUAAGUAUCGAUUCUUAUGUUCAGAAAGUAAACGGCUUGUGUCCUCUUAUGCCUGAAGAGGUAGGACUUCUUCUAAGGGCCAUGGGUUAUCCACCGACUACUCGAAUCUACCUGGCAGGUUCUGAAAGUUUUGGUGGUCAACGUGUAAUGAUCCCAUUACGUGCCAUGUAUACAAACUUGGUUGAUCGUUCUAACUUAUGCAAUAAGUACGAGCUAAACAAAUUAUUAGGCACUGAAAGCCCGCUUCCUGUGAACCACACUCAUGUCAAAGCUGCUGAAGAGUUGAAAAAAGAACGGGGCCCGCAUCCUCGGCCUCAACCUCCUCCUCCAGGGCGGCGUAUUUAUCAACAUGAAAAAGAAGGAUGGCACGGUUGGAUUGGGGAGAAAGAAUCGGAGCCUGAUCCUUCACCAAUUGAUCUGAGGGAUAAAGCUCACAGGUUACUGUGGGAUGCUCUCGAUUACGUUGUGUCGGUUGAAGCUGAUGCAUUCUUCCCGGGGUUCAACAAUGACGGCACUGGAUCACCAGAUUUUUCAAGCUUGGUCAUGGGACAUCGCCUCUAUCAAAUGGCAUCUUCCAGAACUUAUAGACCUGAUAGAAAAUUUCUUGCUAAACUGUUCAACAGCUCCAGCGACAAUCUUUACUUUCCAAAGAGAAGUUGGACCGUUGCAGCACGUGAUCAUCUCCACAACAGCCUCGAGGAGGCAGGACUCAAGAGACAGUUACUUCAGUCAAAACUCGUCUCGUUUCUUUCACAUCCAAUCCCGGAAUGCACUUGUACCACCAUGAAACCAAUUGGCGACCACCACGAGUGUCCCAAAUGGCUGAAAGAUAGUGUUGCUAAGUCCUAUCAACAGCAGACCGCUACAACAAAUGAGAAUGAACAACCUGACGAUGAUGAUGAAAUGGAUGAGUUUCAAUCGGAUUCUGAAGAUGAAAACGUAUCAAAUGAAUUAACGGUUGAACGAGAUGAGGAGAUGGAUCCAAACGACUAGAGGUUUAAGUAGAUAUAUAAUAUAUACGGGUUUCAUUUUUAUAUAUUUGUUACACUAUAUUCUUUUAGAUAGAGGCUAAUAAAAGGAGACCCUAGCAUAAGACUGGUCCAGGAACUUUGCAAGCGAUAUUACAACACACGUGAACCGGAAACGAAAACAUUGUAUACUAAAGGUUUAUAGGUUUCUUCUUUUUGAUAGUU